UCAUACAUAUUUUAUUUUUUUCUCGUUUUAUCUCUCUCUCAGUUUCACAUAUAAUAUAUAAAUCUUGAAGUUUUCAUUUUCUCUUUCUCAUUCUUGCGUAUACACGUACAUGUAAGAAAAUCGUUCACGUUUUCCUUCUCACUUUCACACUUAACACAAAGUAAAUAAACAUUUCUAUCGUCUUUUUUUUUUCCUUUUUUUCUUGUUUCUCUUUUUUUUUUUUUUCUUUUCAUUCCAAUUCUUUGCCACCUUCUUCUUUCCUACACUAUACCUGGCUCGCCGGUACACAGUGUCGGUUGCAACUGCGCAAUGUCCGAAAACUAGUCGGAGGAGCACACCCUUCCGCAGUUGCAGUUCGCAAGACGAUCUCGUCGGAUCGUGAUCGUAUUAUUCGGUUAGUUUCAAUUUUUAAAGGCUCUCAGCAACGACGAUAGUUAAGAAAACGUUUAUUAUAGUUUGUAUCAACGACAAUAAAUAUAUACGUUUAUAUAUGUGUUUGUGUGUAUGUAGGUUUGCAUGUGAAACGCGUUUCGCCGAUAGAAACGCGGGCUGUUUAAUUAGCGUAUCGCAAAAUGAAAGAGUUUAGGCACGUGAUCGAUAACGAUACACGUGAGCUUUCCUUCGAGAAUCAAUCGAAAGUAAAGGUAAAUUAUGAUACACGUGUCAGCAGAAAACGCGCACCGAUACGACCGUGUAAAGCGCAAGGGUACUGCCUUCCUAACGAGCCUCUUUAAAUCAAGGAAGCUCAAUUUAGGGAUGAAGAUCAACGAGGACGAAGAAAUGGAACGUUCUCCUAGGAUCGAAUCGCCUGCCAUUAUCGCAAACACGUGCCGCCGAGGGGGAAACGAGAACGACAAUGCCGUGUCGAGGAUUCCGUCGACCUUGAGCGUCACUGCCGUCGACGUCGACGUUGCUUGUCAGCCCUCACCGUCACACUCUUUUUUGACCUCGACACCAGGUAGAACGCGAAACAUCGAUCAGGAUAUGGAGGCAAUCAGGCUCAGCCGUCAAGACAAUCCAUAUCUUCAGGUAUUGGCAAGUCGCGAAAGUCUCGUCGAAUCGAUUGGAGAAUCGGAAUCGGACGAUGCGAAUCUUAUGUCCCAGGAGCUGUGCGACACGGACCCUUUAACGCUAGCCCAAGUACACGAGCACCUAGUGCGUAGUCCACCCCCAGCUUCUUGGCCACACUCAACGGCGUUCGAUUUUUCCCGACAUAAUCAAAAUUGUGGAACACAUAGGGGAAACGAGCAAGAACUUUCGAGGAGCGAGCCUUCUACGGACAUAAGAGAUCGACACUCGCAUACUUUCUCUCUGUUACAUCCAACCCCGAUAAGAAGCUUCUCGGAGGUACGUCGACUUCACAGAUCAGCUGAUGAUAGCGUUCAAUUGAUGUCGAACGAAUAAAAUUGAUCUGAUGAUGAUGAAGAUUCAGCAAGAUCAUGAUUUUAUUCAACAAAUUCGACUUGUUUUACAAAAGACGAAUUAUAUUUUCGGAUUUCGUCGAUCGAAGAAGAGGAAGAAAGAAAAAGAAAAGAAAAGGAAGAAGAAAAAGAAGAAAGGUCGUGGAAAUGAAUAGAAAUUUCUCAUCGACUUUAUUUCGACUCUGAAAAAAUUCUUUCGUAGCAUUAACGAGUCGAUUUUAAUCUUCUACUCUUUGCUAGUCAUCAUUGGAAAUAAUUGACUUAAAUGUUUUAGUUAUCCAUGUCAUAUAUAUAUUUUUUUUUUUUAUUUGUUAAAUACGAUAAUACAUGAUUAUCAUUAGGUUUAUUCGAAAAAGAAAAAUCAAUUGUCAUCAUUAUCAUCGUCUCAGUGUCUUGACGAAUUUAAGAUCGUAAACCGAAAUGUUAUCCUUACUCUUUUCUUUUCUUAGGUACAAUGAUACAAUCUUAAAGA